UGGAUCAGAGAAGCAGUAUGUCCAGCAAAAUGAAGCAAGAAAACAUGAGCAACAGUAGUAGAAAUAUGAAGCAAAUGUAUGACUUUAAGGUGAAGGGUUCAUCAUGGGAUUUUGGAAAUUAUGACAGCAAUAACAACUGGGGAUCAGAUCAAGGAGAUUUAGUUGCAGCAGGGUUUUCAUGGCCUCCAAGAUCUUACACAUGCAGCUUUUGCAAAAGGGAGUUCAGAUCUGCUCAAGCUCUUGGUGGGCACAUGAAUGUCCACAGGAGGGAUAGAGCAAGAUUGAGACAGUCCCCACAAAGGGACAUUGUUGUUGGUGGUAAUAACCACAAUCAUGGUCAGUUUUCUCUGCUAAACCUAAAUCUUGAUCCUAACCCUAGUUUUAACUCAAACCCUAGUUUUCCCCCAUCCAAUUCUCCCCCACCUUUAUCAUCUCUUCUGACUAAAUUUCCUCAGUUCAACUCCACAUUGCCUCCACUUUGCCCUAUACCUCCAGUCCAGAACAAUGAUAGACCCAUGACUAAAGAUCCUGGGGGGGGCGAAAAAUUGGAUUCAACUGUGCAUAAGAAAGCUGAAAUUGUUAGAUUGGACUUGGAGAUUGGGCUGAUUACCAGUCAGUCUAAGGAGGAACUGGAUUUGGAACUUCGGCUCGGGUACACUUAG